CUGAGCAGUGUCUAUGACUACACACACAGCCCAGAAAGAGAACGUUCCAAAACAGCAAAGCGCCAGCAGCUCACACAUCCUGAGGAAACAACAGUCUCUAACUGGAAAAUAAAGCCAAGUCGAGGGCUCUGCUCGCUGUGAUAACCAGCGGCCCACUCUGUGGCUGAGGUAGAGCACCUCCCCUGUCCUCUCCCCCCCCAAGUCAGUCUUCAGCCUCCUAACCUCCAGUCGCAUCAGCCCAGGACAGCCACCACCGAUGUGGGAGCUCCAGCAGCCCUCAGUCAGGAUGGUCACCCAACUACUACUGCUAACCUCUGUACUCCUCUCCACCUGCCAAGUGGCGGAAUCGCAGGCGCUGUUCACAAUCCGAAGUGUCGAGCCCAGCAACGCCGUCUCCCAAGGUACCAACGUGACGGUACGCUGCCAGGCCUUAGUCAGCAGCUCUGGGUUCCUGAACCGUGAAUACACCAUCUACAAGGACAACACCGUGGUGUACACGAAGAGUACCACCACCACAGAGGACCUCCUCUACUCUCUGCGUAUGGCCAGAGUGGCCAACACUGGGAAGUACGAAUGCAAGGUGAACAUACAGGGCAAGGAGCCAAGCACCAACUCUGAAAAACUGACUGUGACAGGCCUGCAGACGCCAGUCCUCAGCGUCGACAAGCGUGUGUUCAGCGAGGGAGAGGAGGUGACCGUUUGGUGUAAGGCCCCCGAGGAGUCCGGCGCUAUCGUCUUCUACUUCUACAAGGACUCCAAGGACCUUUGAGGAGAAGGUCAAAGUCAACCAUGUGGAGACUAGGCUGUGAUUCAAAAACGCUUGCGUCCAAAAGCUACACUGUGACUAGAGGGUCAUACUGCUGCCAGGCUCGGUCCCGUCCCCUGCCAGCAACAAUGUGGUGGUCACUGUAAAAGAGCUGCAUCACACCUGUAAUCUCUGUCCAACCACACGGAUCAAUGAUCAUCGAAGGGGAAAAUCUGGACAUCUGCAGUGUCAUUGGUAACAGCUCCGGGCUCAAAGUCUACCUGAGCAAGGAAGGGACUGAUUCUGCUGAGUACUGGUCAAAGUAAAGCCAACCACAGCAUGAGAGCCCUGGCCGAGCACUCUGGGGAGUUUGAGUCCAGUUUGGAGAUGGGAAAUGUUGUCAAGCAAGCAAUGGAAAACGUGAACGAUUACAGAACUGUUUUCCCAGCCAGUUCUGACCAUGUAUCCGACAGAGGUGUUGUAAAGCAGACGCCAGGAUGAUCUCCAAGUACAGUGCAACGCUACCUGUCCAAGCAAAAGGUACUACUACAGCCCAUAAGGCUUUUAUGUGUGACCCAAAGUAAGUCAAUCUCGCUUGUCUUUGAAUAAAUUCAUUUAGUUAAUCACCAGCAGCAUAACACUCCACAUCCCACUGCUG